AAAUCGUGAGCUACCUUCUCUGUCGGUGUCACCGGACUGAUGAAAAUAAGGCGCCUGUGAAAUAUCAAGAUGGCAUAUUUAUUAACCUCGCUGCGCUGGUCGGAGUAUAGCUGGUUUUCAUCCAUUUUAAAAGUUUACUAUCGGUUUCAUUUCAUCACGUAAUGUGAUGUGAUUUUCGUUUUCUAGCAAAAGAUAUUAUCAGCUAAACCUCCAUAAGCCAACAGCUGCCAGAGCCAGAGACGAAGCUCAUUAUUUUGUUCCGGGGGAAAAAAUAUUGCAGUACCGAGCAAUAAGAAACGGGAUGCUUUCUUUUGUGCAACAGUUUCUCAUUCUAAACAGGGCAUUACAAGGUCCAAAAUGAACCAUUACAGUUCUACUUUGUUCUAGGCAGGUAUUGUGUGUAUUGGUAAUUAUGGGACGAGAUAUAAAAGGCUACUCGAAGCGAAAACGAUACACUGUAUAAUACCAAUAAUGCAGCUGGCAUAGAGCGAAAUUUUGUAAAGCAUGACGGGAUAUGUCGUUGCUGGGACAGCCGUGUCUCACCAUCUGCUCAGCCAUUCAUCAGUAGAGCAAUCUUCAGGGUUUGCAACACCAUAGAACCAUGCAGCACUGCCGUCCUGUUGCUCCGAGGCCAGCGGGCCAGCCCUGAGGGGGGAAACACCGCUGCUCAGGCUCAGUCGGCUGGAGGUGGCUGAGGAUGCAGCAAGGGAGCUGAGGAGGAGACUCCUGACACACACAUCCAGAGCUGCUGCUGCGCACUGCCCUCCAUCAGGGGGGACUCUCUAGUUGGCCUGGACAAUGAGCAAUGACUCUACCGUCUGGAACAUCCUACCAGAAAACUCCACAGAGAUCCCAUUCGAGGCUGAGGUGCAGCAAGAUGGCUAUGUGCUCCUCCGGGUGAUCCUCUCCAUCUUCUUGGUAGGAACGUUGAUCUUCAUCCCUAUCCUCCUCAUCGCCUACCGUCACUGCUGUCGAGCAGGGAAAUUCUGUGCCAGGGCCAGCGAUGACCCCGAGAAAACCAACACCACCUACAUGGAGGAGUCUCAGCCCACCCAUGAAAUCACAAUCAGGGUGGAUGAGUCAGACUGCCUGUCAAUGGCCAGCACUCAUGACCAAGAGACUGAGCGCUUCCUCUCUACAGGCACCACAGGCCGUCGUGUCUCCUUCAAUGAGGCUGCUCUCUUUGAUCAUGGAAAGAAGGCCCAGGAGAAGGGCCGCAGGUAUACUCUGACCGAGGGCGACUUUCACCACCUGAAGAACGCCCGGCUCACACACCUCCACAUCCCUCCCCCAGCCCUCAAGAUAGUCACUAUCCACGAGUGCGACUCGGCCGAGAACAGCAUCACCAUGACAACGUGCCCUGUCACUAAGUCAGCACUUUCCAUCUUCCAGCCGAUGCUGUGCCCCCUACCACAAACAGCGUUGACCAGCCUGAGUGUCAAUCCCAGCUGUGCCCUCCCUGGAGAUGCUCUCAACUCUGUGGUGGACACCAGCUUCAGUGAGAACACCAUUGCUCUCAGCACUAAAGAGCCAAGCUCUAUCGAGAUGAUGGGAGCGGGGCCCCGGGGCAGAGGCAGCAGUGCCAGUGUCGUAGAAGGGGCCGCGAUGGGGUGCGGUGCCCCUCCUGCAGGCGGCGGUGCAGGAAGCCAGGGGCCCGUGCUGCAGUUCUUCACUAAACUGCGGCGUCAUGCUAGUCUGGAGGGGGCCAGUCCCUACUUCAAGAUCAAGAAAUGGAAGCUGGACAGCAGCCAGAGAGCCUCAAGUCUGGACACCAGAGGCUCUCCAAAGAGGAGACAGUUCCAGCGCCAGCGAGCCGCCAGCGAGAGCAUGGACCAGGACGACAACGACUCAUACCGCAUAGACCUCAUCCAGUACAUUGCCCGCACCCAGGACAUCACCUACUGUCCCACCCAGCCCACUACACGCCUCCUCUCACCUCCUUCCACACCACCCCCCUCCCUUGGCAGGGUAGAGGUAGAGGUGAUGGUGGAGCCCAGCUGCAGCCAUGGAGGACCAGGGGUGAUUGGCUUAUCCCCUGAUCCCCAAGAUGAAGCACUGUCACUGGCAAGAAGGGAAGGUGCGGUCCCUUUGCAACCCCUAGAUCCCCAGGACCCCCAGUCACUUUACAAAGACAUCUGGACCCUACGUGCAACACUGGAACAGUACGCCACCUCUGACCAGAGCAGCAACAAUGACAGGAACUCCGUCUGCAGUGAUGCUGACAGUGUGUGUUCGCUGGGCGGACGCACAGAGACAGAAAAAGGCGGGCUCCCCAGCUACCCGUCCCAAGAUUUAGGUGAUGAGGCAGAGGGUGGAGAGGAUGACAAGGACAUUUUGAUGUAUGUGGAUGAGAGGUUGGAUGUGAAGGAGGGAAAAAAGAAGAAACAGGAAAGCACAGAAUCAGAGCGAGGGGGCAGCGACGGAGAAACAGGGACUCGUAAAUUGCUGCAGAUGGACAGCGGGUAUGCCUCGAUAGAGGCUCCAUCCCGUGGUCCGGAAGACCUGCGACUGUUUGGGAACAUCAAUGGCAGCCCCAAGGACAGAACAGCCCAUGAGAAAAGGCACCACUUUACCAACGCAGGGCGAACUGGCACUAUCGGCGAGAGCUUUGAGUCUCAUCUCUUUGAGGAGGAGCCAGAGGAGGAGUUGUUGUUGGGUGCCAGUGGAGGAGUUUCCAUAGAAACAGGUGCUGGUUCACUGAGCUGGUUCCCAUACGGUCAGAUGCUCACACCUCGAGAGGCUGCACAGCCUUCACCUCAACCGUCAAUGCUGCACCGGCGAGACUACAGCAUAGAUGAGAAGACGGACGCCCUCUUCCAUGAGUUUCUCCGCCACGACCCUCAGUUUGACCAGCAGGAGUCGCCGCUAAGGAAGCACCGGUCCCGAAUCCACCUCCGCAAGCAGUGGCAGCGCCACAAGCAGUGGAGUGACCCUGGUGUCAGACACUUCCAGUCCUCUUUUGACAGACAGCGGACCCCACUACGGAGGGGUGAUAGUGUGAACUACCCACUGGACACAAGCUACCACAUCACGCUCCCUCGCAUCGUCAGUGCUCCUGACGAGGAGACCAGCGACGGGACCGGUAGCACUCCCGACACUCCAAAGGUGGAGCCUACCACUACUGAGAACGGGGGCAAGGACAGGGAGCAGGGUGUCACUGUCAGAGACACUGAGGAACACACCUCCUCUCCUCCACCACCUCUUCAUCCCUCCGUCUCAGAGAUAGAUGGAGGGCUGGGUGAGCACCAUGACCCUCAGGAGGACGGCAAACAAUCUGGACUCCCUCCCGAGCCCCCGGACGAGCGCUCGCCCCAUCAGCUGCCUGACUCCUCAGGCUAUGGCCCGCAGACCACCACAGCAGAGCUCACAGACAAACUGACUGCUAAUCUGGAUGAGAGGCUGUACAUGGGCCUUCGCAGGACCAAGGACACAGCCACUGAGUGUGUGACGGUGACAGCCACACACGCUUCUCCGGACCACAGCCCAGUGUAGCAGGGCUCCAGUCGUUCUCCUCGUCAGCCUCACUCCUGCUGAUACACACUUUUCUUUCUGUUUGAUUUGUCUUGCCUCAGUUUAAAUGUCUCACUGUAUACAGCUUAAAUGGUAUGCUUUAUAUCAAGCCAUAAUUAAACACUUGUUCAUUCAGAUUCAGAUCAUCUUAGAUACAGUUGAUCCACUUGAAAUGCAGCCAGUCUGUCUUCAUGCCUGUUAACAUUACAAAGUUGUUCAAUGUUGGCAUUUUACAUCCAUUGAGGAAGAAAGAUAUAAUUCAAAAUAAUAGAUGAACAGAGUUAACAUAUCAAAAAUCUUUUUUUGUGUGUAAUAAUUGUUUCCUCAUUAAUUGUUUCUGUGUGUUUCUUUCCGUCUCUGCUGCUGUCAUUCCUGUCUCUGCUCUUCAGUAUGAAUAAGUGAAGCUGAGGGCCUUCACACUCAUUGGUCCACUGUGAAACCAGGUGCUAUUAGACAAGUAGAAAGUUAAAAUUCGGGACGCAACAGUUACACUGCUAGUCCCAUAAUCAUGGAUUAGUGGAAAAUAAGUGGCUGUAUCACUAUUCAUGAGCUAAAAAAUUAUUUCAAAUACCAUAAUUAAUCUAUCAGUUAUAUGAGGCAUACUUUACUUUACUUUACUUUACUUUGUUCACACUGGUUGUUUAGAUCACUAGUUCCCAACCUAUGGGGGUCCCAAGAGAAGUCUGAGAUGAUUGGAGUAAUGAGAAAGAAAAGAUGUAUAUAUUUCUUUUACACAAAAUUACAGUUAUUUUUAUUUAGUUUGGUUUUGUCCUAAGCAGUCAGUAGUCAGCAUGGAAGCUUUGAUAGCGAUUGCUAGGAUCAGUUAAUAUUUUUUAACAUUGAUUGAUGAAAUAUGUCGAUAUGAGAGUUGUUAUUUCUAUAAGUCGACAACCUGUACAGCUACGUCAGUCUCAUCCGUGCUUCCAUUUUUGUGGCCAUUUUAGACAUUAGACAUUGCUUGAUUUUAAGCAGCCACAAGCCAAAAAGGUUGGGAACCACUGGUUUAGAUCGAAUAACACAGUUAGCAAAGGCCAGAAAAGUUUCCCCCAUGAAGUGUUCUUCUGAAAAGGAAGAUAGCCUUUGAUUCUCCUCAUUGAGUGUCUGACUGGUCGUGAUGUUUGUUGUUUUUUGACUGAAAAUGUUUCUCAGCUAUGUGACAACUGUUUUUGUUUUCUGAGCUGUAAUAUAUUUUUGUACGUCUGCAUUGCUUAAAUGACAAUGAAAACUGACAGUGUGGUAGGUUUGAAGGGGACAGGUUCUGUGCCAACAGACAGAGCUAGCAAACCAGAUAGCCACUAGCACUCUGGUAUGAUGACUCCUUAUCAGUCACAGACAGUAAUUUACAACUCAAUAAGCUAUGACUCUAAGUACUCUAGGCAUCACUGACAUGACUUCUGUCCUAACAGGGAGAACAAACUCAGUCUUGUGCACAGGUUUACAGCCAUGAGGUGGGCAGUUACAUUUAAGCUAUUAGACAAGAUGGCUGCCGUCACAGACGUUUGGUGUUUAUUGAAUUUAUAAGAAAGGCAUGCUUUCUUGUGCAUGGGGCUCACAGAACAGGCUUUAUUUGUCCGCAUCUGACAUUCUUGUUUUCCCCUCCUCUUCCUUUUCUUCUCCUGAUAAAGUUGACAGUGCUGUAGAGGCCUCCCUUGGGGGACGAGGAUUCACUUCCUGUCAGCUUAUAAAGCCAGACCGAACAAAGAUGUUAUUUGUAGUUAAGUCCUUUACUUUAUUUAUUUCUCUUAUUUGGCUUCCUCUGUGCGAUUAAAACUAACCGGGACUGCCAUUCAAAUGAAACUCCAACAGCAGGGCAGCUGUGGACAAAGAAUGCAAGUAAUGGCCAGAAUUAUGUUGAAAAUCCAUUUUUGCUCACAGAUCUCUGCUUUAACACCCCGAGCAGUAGCAGCAGGUUGAUUGUAACCCAGUUUCACUCGUAAAAUCUUAUUCUCAGAGGGGCUGUUGGGCUUUCCGACUCUUCCACGUGCAGUGAGGGGAGCCACUGCAGAAGAUGGUGUUGAAUAUUAAUCAUAACAAGAGGAUUUCUGCCUUUCAUCCCCUGGCCCCCUAUCAUCAUUCUUUGAGGCUUUUACCAUGCAGUAAAUUGAAAGGACUGAAUAGGAAAUCAGGGGAAAAAACAUUAUCCCCCCUCUCUUUGUUUGGGUGUGAUGAUGAUGCUCCUCUCCAGCGUGCCCAGAUUAGAUCUUUCUCCACUGCGUGACAGGAAUCUCCUUUUGUGGCUAAAUGAACUCUGAGGCUGAAGCUGCGUUCCUCAUUAGGAGAGAAAUGACUGAGAUGAAAGGAGGUGAACUCAAAUAAGGAGUAGAGAGGGUAGUGAUUUUUUUUUUGCUCUCUCCUUUAUUUCAUGUAGGCCCCGUCUCUCUCUCUCACACACACACACACACACAACUUGAACCAUUAUUUCACCAUGAAUAAACACAAUGUGCUCUUGCACAAUUUUGUGCAAUCAAAUGACAUUCUUUUUAUGACCGCGCUAAUCAGCUGAAAGGAAAUAAAAUCCCCCUCUCAGUUAUGAUGGAACUGAUGCGUCCCUGAUGAUAGUAAUUAUUCAGCAAAUUCUGACAGGUCUGGAGAAAGGGGAAGACCGCUGCAUUUCCCACAGAUCAAAAGCCAAAAAUUGCUUAGAGCUGAGUCAGUAUGAGAUGAUGACAGUACAGCAACCGCAGCAGUUGAAAGAAAAUGGCCAUAAGGGUUGAUUUCGAAUCCGUACAUUUGUUCAAAGAUUAAAUCUUGCUGUGUAUACAAGCACAAUGUCACGGGAGCUAGACCAAAUCGAUGUCCUUUAUUAGGUUUAGACAGAUACCAUAUAAUUGGGGACACUGUGGUAAAUGGUGUUUGUAUACUAACCAGUAGCCUGUCAAAUGCAUUGAUGCAUAGCUGUGUGUAGGUCUGCAUGAGAGUUAACAUUUUAGUACAAAUCUUAAUGUUUUCUCAGACUUACGGUACAAAAUGAUCAAGUCCAUAGUUAAUGCUCAUUUGUUUAAGGCAGAAGUCGAAACACUGGUAUAACUAGAGAUUUUGUACUUUAUGGAAUCCACUUUUAAGAGUCAUGCUAGGAUGCUGUAACCGAAAGUAGAAGUAUUUCUGUAUUCCUUGCUUGUUAGUAAACUGCGUAAUUUCUCAAAGAAAAAAAAGACGAGCUUUCUUAACAACUUUGCUUUUGUUGAGCCAAUUCUUUUGAGCCUUGAGGGACCAAAUCAUAAAAAAAGUGUUAUUUUAGGGUUGUUUUCCAAUCUGUGAAUAAAUGAAUGAAGCAAAA